UCGUCAACCGAUCGUGUGCCAGUGUACAUUUGUAUGCGCUGCGUGUCGUUCAUCGGUUACUUGACCGCUCAUAAGUAACGUCCACGAGGUGACGAUAACAGCCGGACGUGUUUUUUGGAACGCCGUGAUCAUUUUUGAUAAUAAUUUUUUACGUAAAACACAUCAAUUGUUUGCAUUUCAAUUCAUGUGAAUUUUUAUUUUAUCAAUCACUUUCUAAUUACUCUACUGAAUCAUAGUUAUUAUUAGUGUAGACAUUUUGAUUUGCUUGUUGUUUCAACGUGUCUUUGUAUUGUCGUUAAAUUAUAUUUAUUUUUAUGAGUGUCUAAAACGAUUAUCAUGUUUCCACGUGUCUGUGAUUACGGUGACAAAGGAUAACAGAUAUGGUAGACGUGCAAAUGCUUGAAAGAUUGACGAAAGACGACAAAAAAGAAGGGAGGCAGCAGUCUGAUGGGCAGCUUUAUUGUCAGCAUGUCAGAACGUGUGCCACCACUGGACAUCACAAAACAAAAUGUGAGACACAGGAUUUGUUCGAACUACUUGAACGGGUCCAAAGCAAUCGAUUGGACGAUCAAAGAUGCGUUCUACCACCUUACUUCGCCCAGACGUCUAGAGAGGAUAAAUCGACAACGGGUGCAGUACCACCUCCGGAAUUACCGGCGGGAAAUGGAUCCCGUGAACUCCUGGAGGAGACGUUGAAAGGUCCUCGGCCUUAUCCAAAUAUCGUUCUACCCACAAGCGGAGGUUUCUGGAUAGAUGGCCAGGACCAAAACGAUUAUGAAGCUACGGGUGCCAGUGGCCCCAGUACGUGGAAUAACAAAAUUGAAACCGAUGACACGGCUAAAGCAUAUCGCAGAUACUUCAUGGGGAGGGAACACUUCAACUUUGUGGGUACGGACGAUCAACUUGGGCCAGUGUUGCUGAGCGUAAAGACCGAAAGCGUUUCUUCUCAAGAGCAUACUCGGCUCUUACUGCGGUUGCGAACCGGUACCACGCACGAGUUAGUUCCAUCAACGUGCGCUACAUCUGUACCACACCACAUGGCCAGACUUUUAAAUGACCAACUUACAGUUACCAAUUUGUCCCCUGUGUUGAGUUCUAAAGCAUCUCAAUUAAUAGCUGCUUAUGAUGAACAUGUACUUGUAUCGAACUUUAAAUUUGGUGUCCUUUACCAAAAAUAUGGUCAAACCAGUGAAGAAGAAUUAUUUUCCAAUCAACAUACAUCACCCGCAUUUGAUGAGUUUCUUCAAUUACUUGGUCAAAGAAUACAAUUAAAAGACCACAAAGGAUAUCGAGGUGGUCUAGAUACGCAAUUCGGACAAACGGGCGAUGAAGCUGUUUAUCAAGUGUUUAAAGAUCGAGAAAUCAUAUUCCACGUAUCUCCAUUGCUUCCUUAUACUGAUAAUGAUCCUCAACAGCUUCAAAGAAAAAGGCAUAUUGGUAAUGAUAUUGUAGCCAUUGUUUUUCAAGAAUCUAACACUCCUUUCACCCCAGACAUGAUAGCUUCACAUUUUUUGCAUGCUUAUAUUGUCGUACAAGUGAUCGAACCAAACACACCAAACGUUAGGUACAAAGUAAGUGUAACAGCACGAGAUGAUGUUCCAUUUUUUGGACCAACCUUACCAAAUCCAGCCAUUUUCCGGCAUGGACCCGAAUUUAAACAGUUUCUGCUUACAAAAUUGGUUAACGCAGAAAACGCGUGCUACAAGGCUCAUAAGUUUGCUAAACUAGAGUUGAGAACGCGGACUUCGCUGUUACAUUCACUUUGCGAGGAAUUAAAAGAAAAAACUAAAGACUUCCUCGGGAAUAUUAGUGAUAAUAGUGUUUUUGCCGUGGGACCAGAAUUGACAAAAUCUGGUUCAUCUUCAUCGUCGUCAGACUAUGGAAAUGGUUCAAUUUCUGGAGCAGGAAGCAGGUUUAUUGAUACUGUUCGCAAAGCACUUAUUGCUAGAGUCAAAACUCAAUCUGCUACUAAUGCUGAAGCAAAUAACAACAACUCUAAUACUCUUUCCAAAAAAAUGAGCAGUUGUUCCGUUGAUGGAUCAGUACCAAACUUUGGACGAUCAUUAUCAAAAAGUAGUAAAAAGAGCUCACCAUCAUCUCCUAUAUCAAGCCCUGAUAUACAUCCUGUUCAAAGAACAUCUAGUGGAGCUAGUCGUGUAGCAAUGUCAGAGAGUGAUUCAUCGUCACUUAAUAGUGUAGAACUAGAUGGUAUGGGCAUUGCUGGUACAGUGGAUAGUGAUACUGGACUGGAAAGUAUGUCAUCGGCUGAAACACCUAGUGGAAAACCUUGUAGUUUAUGUUGUGAUACACAAAACAGCGAUUCGCGCAUUGAAGGUCUUAGGCAAGAUGUUACAAGGCUUAAGUGCGAUAAACUCGAACUACUCCGACAAAAUGUCAACUGUCAACAUGAAAUCAAACGUCUUCGUGAAAAAGAACUGGUACUGCAAUCUGAAUUAACUUCAGCAUCUAAAGAAAUACUUAGAUUGAGGGAAUUACUCAAAAACUAUACAACCAAUCCAAAUGUAUCAACAGUUUAAAG